UUCAGACGUGCGAUAUUUUUACUCGUUCUCGAAACUAAUUUCGUUUUGUCUUUUCGUUUCGAAUGAAAAUAAAAGUGUUGCUUGGCGCAGAGUGAAUUUUUUUUCUUCUCGUAUUUUUGCGAAACAUUCUUAGCGUUUGAUUUUGAUUGAUGACAAUUAAAUUGUGAAUUUAUUCCAUCAAUUAUAUACAUCGCAUACAUCGCAUACAUACGGAUGAUACAGGCGGCUCUUUAAUCGGGCGCACAUCUUGACUCUUUUGUUGCCUUUUUUUUUCGAUAAUAACUGAAUUAACUAAUUUACGGUACUAAAUUUUGUGGUGUAAAAGAAAUUGAAAACGAAAGUGAAAAUAUUUGUUUUAUCGAUAAAAUUUUGAGGAGAAAGAAUAUUUGUUCGUUUGAUUGAUUGAUUGAUUUUUGGUUUGGUCGGGUAGUGUGCAACGAUAAUAUUGGAUUUUUGCUGCUUAGACAACAGUUUUGGAUAAUUUUCGAUAGAAAUUGUUUUGAUCGACACAACCGCACAAAAAACUAUGGGGCCUUUUAGGCGAAAAAUACUAAUUUAUUUCGGCAUCAUUUUAUGUUUAAACGCUGCCAUUCCAUGUUACGGUUCAAAGAUUAUUCGAACGUCCGCGAAAUCAUUGGCAGAACGAGCAGGUGCUGCACAGUACGCCGUUCACAUCGAAGAAGAGCUGACGUCUGAAGAAAUUGGCAAAAAGCAUAACUUAUCGAAACGCAGAACCAGCGCGUUCGACGACACCGACUACGAAGUGUAUCAGGGCGUUGUUGGUCGGCCGGGAAUCGAUUUUCCCAUUCUAUCGGGAAUACCACAAACCACUUUCAAUUGUCGAAAAUUCGGAAACGGAUACUUUGCUGACCUGGAAACUGACUGUCAGGUCUUUCACAUCUGUGAAGCUGGUAAAAAGAUCUCAUUUCUUUGUCCAAAUGGAACGAUUUUCCAACAAACUGACCUGAUAUGCGAUUGGUGGUUCAAAGUCAAUUGUGCUGCUUCACCGGGCCAUUAUGCUGAAAGCUCGGAAGUGCUAUCUAGAGCUCAGAAACGGCCCAAUCGCAUUCCGGAUUUGUCCAGCGAAAACUUAUCCGAAUCUCGCGAAAGCAUCGAAGAUAAUGAUCGAUCGGGAAAGGAUGACGCUCGGAGAAAUCAGCAAAAGAAGUUGAAGUCGCGAAACGAGGAGACAUUCGACAAUCUCAACAUAUCCGGUGAGAACUUUGACUUCGAGGACAUAUCCAGUGAUGUGCGUAAAGCGAACAGCAGAUCACGCCCAAGCAGCCGAAAUGUUAACCGAAUCUCUCACCGAAACGCUAAGGAACUGUCCGAAGAUUUCUUAGAGUCACAGGAGGUAGCCGAGUCAGCUUCCUUUGUGGUCGAUCGCCAGAACAAUUUCAAUGGUUACCACUACGAGCCCCCCAAGCAAUCCGUCGACUUGAAAACACAAUCGGCGAACUUAACGAAAACGGAAACUUCACAGAAUCCUUCCAUCGACACCAACACUACAUUCACAGGCUACGUUUACAACCAGCCCGAUCGAAAUUCGCGUCGCUUAGAAACGGCAACCGUUCGGCAAGAAUUGGUGAAUUCAACUUCUAAUACGACGAAGGUAACGAUUUCGUCUGCUACAAGUAGUCGCAGAGGCUCCAUAAGCUAUCAAAAUCAGGGCCCGUCCAGUCGUCAAGAACGAAAACAGAAUAUCCAUUCGUCUCCCACUUCGAACUCUCUGGUGCCAGAUGAUGUCAAACCCACAAUUUCGUCGGUGAUCAGUCGACAUCCAAGUACAUACACAACUGCCAGACGAUUAGAAACAUCUCGUACAACGCCAUUCUAUACACCGACCGUACCGUCAAUACCAUCGUUGAUCUAUCGAGCACCAACUGCCCAAACAAACAUUGAUCCACAGACCACAACAGCGUCAGCGACUACAACCAGCACACCGUCAGUAUCAGAGCAUGCCAUGGAAAUGAUCCGCACAAUACACGAAUUGCAUUUAGAUAAUCCUCGUCCCACUAUCGAAUCAGAGAGGCCAGUCCUAAGCGCACGUCCUGGUUUGAUUAUACCACCCUCUUCCGGGCCAGACACUCUUCACUCUCUGGCUUUGUACUUUGCCACAGCCGUUGACAAUCUCAUGACGAAUCCAGAAAAUCAAACCACAACCUCGGUUCCGCUGAGAGGUGACUUUGACAAUGUCGAUGUUCAAAUCGGAAAUGUCACGAAAAUCAAUUCAGCCCACGUGAGCAACGAGACGAUAGAAAAGUAUGAGAAACUUUUCGGCAUCGAAAACGAAGAGCUUGGUGCCAGCCAUAGUGAAUUAUCCAGUCGAAUGGAUAGCAGUGACGAUACACGAUUCACUUCAUCGGAUAAUGACCUUGAAACGGAAUUUUCUAAUAAUCCUGUGUUGGCAGCGGCCGGUUCUCCUCAAAUCAGAGAAUUGGCGAAAGUCUUCACACAUGCACUAUCCGCUUACUUGCACGAUCCGUCGACAUUCCGCAGAGUUUUAUCGGAGAUUCGACCUACCGAGCCGCCCAUCGCAAGCAACGACAUUUUAUCGAAUAGAAUCGGAAGAACAGAAGAUUUUAACAAAGGUACGGGUCCAACAUAUUUACCAACCGUUGCCACUACAUCUGCGACUGCAACAACUACUUUCACGUCGACAACGGAGGACUUUGAAGUACUAGAUUUCUCCGAUGUGACCCUUUCUACUGCGAAAAAGGAGCUCAAUUAUCCCAGCACUACACCAUCAACCACCAAUCCCACAACGACGGACUUCCCAUCCACAACAACAACAACUGUGACUGAAACUGACGAAUCAUCUACUGUUCUCUCCAAUUUAAUUCAAGAAUCUCUGAACACAGCCGAUCGAGUACCAGCUUCAAGAUUCUUAACCGAACAGUUAGUAAGGUCUCCAGAGUCACGAGAACCGAAGCGAUUAGAAGAAGUGCAAACAACAACAGAUGCAAACAAUCCAUUCGCUUUAGAGAUUAACGGCGGCCUGAUAAUGUCAACUGCCUUCCCAUAUUUCCAGGACGACAGUAGAGAAUCGUCAAAACAGUCCGUAGAGGAGUCCAGCUACUUCCCUGCAAAGGAACCUCUUGAGAGUCGUUCGCUACUGAAACCGUACGGUCAUGACGUUAGCCAUAACAGUUCACUUAUCAACGAUACGUAUCCAACUGCAUUGUCGGACAUUCAAGCUGUUCCACUGAAAUGGGGCGAAGAAAUAACGGAAGAUUAUUCGACUCAGACCACAACCGACUAUCCCGCAAGUUUGUCGUUCGAGCUACUGCCUCCAAGUGCUGUUAAAAAGGGAUUUUCUCUGCCAGCAAAAGACGCACUUCAUCCGACGAUAGACGAAAAUGAUUUGCAAAGAGCACAGUCUCAGUCGUUAGUGGCCAGCGGUAAUGAACUGUUGAACGAACAGAAAGGAAGAUCAUUUUCAGCAACCGCUUCGCCUCGAUUCGGUGACCGAACAAGAGCGACCACUACGGAAUAUCCUACCACAACUACGACGCUAAGUGGACAUUUCAUCACGCAUGACUACCGCACAUCGACCGAAUCUCCUGCUCUGCAAUCGAAGACUACCAUUCCUGACACGGGAAAAUUCAGUCCCAAUCCAUGGUCAACGUUGGCGUAUACAGUCUUUCUGGACCCGCUGACGAUAAACGACGGCUUGAUGGAUUCGAAAUUGAAAGACAUAACACCCAGUGCGAACACUUAUCUGCCACGCAGCACACAGACAACACCAUACGCGCCCACAACAACAACAUCAUUGCCGCCAGUAACAGCAACUAAUCUACCUGACGCACAAGCACUGUUCAAUCGGAAUAGCGAUGCUCGAGAGGGUAAAUUUCUGUCCUCAUCUCCAUUCCCAACCACUGCUCGCGAUAAGCAGCCUGCCGAAUAUAUGGAAGUAAUGCAAAAGAAAGCCAACGAAAUGUUUGGCAAUUUGAACGACACCUCCGCCACACAUCUGUUGAACGUAAUGAAAAAGGCCAACAAGAACAAGACCGUCCGGAAGUUGAUUUUACUGUUGAUUCAAACGUGUGACGACGAUUACAAUACGACCGUAGAGGAGUCCCGAACAGCACUGCUAAAUGCUCUGAUUGGUAUGGAUGGUAAAAUUGACGAUGACAGCGACAUUCAAGUCAUCAAUGCCAGACCGAACCGUCGCGGAAAGAGCAUAGCCCGUUUUGAAGGUAACUCAGUUACGGAAGCCACAUCAACGGAAACGCCAAUAACGACAUUCCGACGGCCGUUGUUCCAAUCAUUCUCCACAACAACAGCACCUCAAUAUUUGUUCGAAAGUACCACAAACGGUGAGUCAUCACGAACAACGUCCAAUCCAAUCGUCGACGACAUUUCGACAAUAUCAGCCAAUCGAGCGAACGAAGGAUAUGGAAUCUAUUUCCGAACCGACGAUAGCUACACAACAACAACGUCAGAUGGACUCAACAGCCAUGAUCCGACAGAUCAAACCACUUACACAGCAGUCGACGAAACGACUACGUUAACUCCGUCAACUACGACAACUACAACAACAACAAUUCGUCCAAGCACAACCAACAAGCCAACAGUCAACCGAUCCCGUUCAUCGCAAUCCCGACGAAUAGCAAAAGACUUAGACGACUUACUUGGACAAUCAAGUCAAACCAUCGAUCCGAAUGCAAGUCGAACGCAUAAGCAUUCCGAUACAAGAGCGUUGGAUCUGUUACGAUCGUUGUACUCGUUGGCUGGCCGAUUCGGUCGAUAGAUUUUCGGGAGAAACGUUAGAUGGAAA